GAGUCCAAAACUACCUACCUGGAAGACCUUCCAACACUCCCUGAGUACGAAUUGGCUCCAUCCAAGUUAGGAGAGGAAGUGGAUGAUGUUUAUCUCAUUCGAGCUCAAGGAUUGCCCUGGUCAUGCACUGUAGAAGAUGUGCUUAACUUUUUCUCAGACUGCAGAAUCCGCAAUGGCGAGAAUGGGAUACACUUCCUCUUAAAUAGAGAUGGGAAACGAAGAGGUGAUGCCUUAAUUGAAAUGGAGUCAGAACAGGAUGUGCAUAAAGCCUUAGAGAAGCACCGCAUGUACAUGGGUCAGCGGUAUGUGGAAGUAUAUGAGAUAAACAAUGAAGAUGUGGAUGCCUUAAUGAAGAGCCUACAGGUCAAAUCUUCACCUGUGGUAAACGAUGGUGUGGUGCGUUUGAGAGGACUUCCUUAUAGUUGCAAUGAGAAAGACAUUGUAGACUUCUUUGCAGGACUGAAUAUAGUAGAUAUCACUUUUGUGAUGGACUAUAGAGGGAGAAGAAAAACAGGGGAAGCCUACGUGCAGUUUGAAGAGCCAGAAAUGGCCAACCAAGCGCUGUUGAAACACAGGGAAGAAAUUGGCAAUCGGUAUAUAGAGAUAUUUCCAAGCAGAAGGAAUGAAGUUCGGACACAUGUUGGCUCUCAUAAGGGAAAGAAAAUGGCAUCUUCUCCUACUGCUAAGUAUAUAACUGAGCCAGACAUGGUUUUUGAAGAACACGAGGUAAAUGAGGAUGUUCGACCUAUGACAGCUUUUGAAAGUGAGAAGGAAAUAGAAUUGCCUAAGGAGAUGACAGAGAAGCUUCCAGAGGCUGUUGAUUUUGGAAGUACUCCUUCACUGCAUUUCGUCCACAUGAGAGGAUUGCCUUUUCAAGCCAAUGCCCAAGACAUCAUAAAUUUUUUCGCUCCACUGAAGCCUGUUAGAAUCACCAUGGAAUACAGUUCUAGCGGGAAGGCUACUGGAGAAGCUGAUGUGCACUUCGAUACCCAUGAGGAUGCUGUUGCAGCUAUGCUCAAGGAUCGGUCCCAUGUUCACCAUAGGUAUAUUGAACUAUUCCUGAAUUCAUGUCCAAAAGGAAAAUAAGAACUUCAGGGAUUUCAGUAAUAAGGAUGAAGCAAGAAGCAUUUCAUUUGCACAUCUUUCUUGGACAUGGAUACAAGGUUCCAGUUUAUUAGCAGCAACUGCUAGAGAAAGGAUUUUGGGAUUUGGGGUUAAUUGCUUCUAAGUAAAGUUUCAUCAUGGACUGUUUAGAAGGAGAUUGAAUUUGGAAUGAUGAAUUACACAAGUUAACUUUUUGUUUAAAUUGUCCAGGGUCUCAUUUAAAAAUCUAGUCUUUAUUUUAUAUGAUUAAGCAAUUUGUUUUAAUAGAGAAUAUGUUAGCCAUUGUAAAGAUCUACAUAUUUUUAUUUAGCUGUUCUUUAAAAUCUUUCUCCCAUUUAAAAUACAAUCUGUUCAAGGUUUUGUUUUGUUUUGUUUUCCUGUGAAUUCAGAAUUCUGAUGUAAAACUUCUCAUGGAGUAAAAUAAUGAUUUAUUUUAACCAAACACUCACCAAAGCAAGGAUAGGUUUCAGACCUUUGAACCUCAUUGGUUUGGCAGAACGGUUUUAAUAUAGCUGUAUUUGAUAACUUAGAUAGGGGUAGAAUUAAAAAAAUAUAUAACAAGUGAAAAGAAAAAAAAAAUACAUGCCAUAGGUUAGUGAGUGUACAUGAGAACAAUUUGGUAAUUUUAUGUCUUUAGACAAAAAACUAAGCUUUGUGCUAAAGGCAUUUAACAUUGGUGCCUCUCUAGUUAAGGGGGAAUUCUAGUCUCAACCUUAAAAAUCAUUUGAGUCAUCCCUUCCCCCACCCUCUUUGGGUUUUGGUUAAGCCUUAGGGUGUUAGUAUCAAAACUGUGAAGUGACAUGUCAGAACAGCCCCGAGUGGUAAGGACAUAAUUGGCUUCACUUGAAUUUAUACCAGCUACAUAGGAAAAAAAUCAAGUCGCCUCAUUUGCUUUUUUCAAUGGGGUAGCACAUACUGUAUUUUAGAACAAGUAGGGUGCCUUGCUUAAACAAAAAUAGCAUUUAAUGUAUAGUUGUGUGAAGGGUUUAUGGAUAAAGCUGUACUUCUGUCACCUGUGGCAGUACUUUCUGCUUUAAUAUUAAACAGCUUGUUAUUUAAAUAUUGGACAAAAUGGCUGGCUUCAAAAUGUAGUCAUUAAUGAAUUAACUUUAUGUACACCUAUGUAGAAGAAUCAACGUCCUCUAUACUUUUGCCUUGUUCCUGUUCUCAGGGUGACGGCUGCCACCAGGAGAUGCAAUUCUAGUUUUUAAAAGUGAAUUUUGCCCAGAUUUCUGAGAGGUAUUCUCUGGAGGAGAGAUUGUGUUGUCUCUCAUUUAAUACAUACUAUCUUUGAUUACCAGCUAAAAUACAAAAUCACUGUACUGUAAGUAGUCAAUAAAUGAAGGCUUGUUUCAGGCUGAAGAUUA